AUGAACCUAAAGCAAGACACUUUCGAGAAGUUGCUUAUGAUACUGUGGGCAUUGUGGAAGAACAGAAACACUAAACUCUGGGAUGGUUGUGCACAAACAUCUACUGAUAUUGUGUUCAGCUCCUUCUCUUGGUUGGAUGAGUUUAGAAAGGCACGACAUGAUGUUGCUGCCAAGCUAGUUAAAAUGCAAAAGAAACCAUGGAAGCCUGAUCCAGAAAAGCGAUGGAAACUAAAUGUUGAUGGUAGUUUCUUACCAAACCAAAUGAAAGGUGGUCUAGGAGGAGUCUUGCGUGAUGGGGAUGGUGGUUUCAAAGCUGCAUUUACACAGCCAGUACAACAUGUGGAUAGUGCCAAACAGGUAGAGCUCCUAGCAAUCAAAGAAGGUUUGCAACUGUUACAAUCUUUGAAGGUGCAAUCUGUGGUGAUAGAGUCUGAUUGCCUGGAAGCUACUUUGGACAUAGGAAACCAAAGGUACGAUCUGAUUGAUUAUUCUGCAAUUAUUGAUGAUAUAAGGAUGACUCUGGCGUCCUUCCUAGGAGUGCAGAUUUGUUUUGCUCCUAGAACUUGUAAUGCAGUAGCUCAUAGGCUAGCUAGCAUAGCUUUUGAUGAAAACUAUACAUCAGUUUGGAUUGAUAAGGUUCCAGAAUGCAUUCUGGACGUUUUACAAUCAGAUUGUAAUCAGCCGACUUAA